AUGGGGAAAGACAUGGGAAGUCAGUUGGGAACUAUUAUGGAUGUUGAUCUAUAUGAGUUUUCAGAGAAUGUGAAGACUAUUAAGGGUGGGUGUUGGAGAAUAGGAGAUGGUAAGACAGUGGAUAUCUGGAUUCCCAACUAUAAGGAUUUCAAGAUUAUCUCUAAGAGACCAGAAAAUCAUAAUGUUAUUAAGGUUGAGGACCUCAUAAACCUUAAUGAAGCUAGUUGGAAAGAGGAGUGUUUGGAGGGUCAAUUUCUCAAUAUUGACAGGGAUCAGAUCAAUCAAAUUCCCCUAAUCAAUACUCACAUACCUGACUCUCUUAUGUGGAUGCAUGACUCUACUGGUUUAUACUCUGCCAAGAGUGGUUAUAGAGCCAUCAAACAAUGGCACACCAAUAAUAACCAUUAUCCCACUACCAGUAUUGAUGAUAACCCUAUUUGGAAGAAGAUUUGGUCUAUUCACACGCUGCCUAGGCACAAAAUGCUUUUAUGGAGAAUCCUCCACAAGUCUCUUCCUUCUAGCAAAGUUUGGUUUGGUUCCAAUCUCUCUCUCAAUUUUUCAAAUCUUCCCAAUCCAGACUUUCGUGAAUGGCUUCAUGACACUAUUGUCCACAAAGAUGAACAAACUAUCUUCCAAACCGCAGCUAUAAUCUACAAUCUAUGGCAUGCUCGCAAUAUAAGUAUUUUUGAAGAUAUAUUUAUACCUGAAGAAGUUAUUCUCCAAAGAGCCAUCAACGGUAUUACUGAGUACAAAAACGCUAAUCUGUGCGUCUCAACCCAGCAUGUUCCUUCGACUCCUAACUCAAAUCCCCAUCAAUCAGAUAAUCGCGUCACUAAAUGGCUAAGACCAGAAGCAGAUAUGGUCAAGAUCAACUCGGAUGCAAAUCUGCAAGUCAAUGGAUUUUGGGGUUUGGGAGGUAUCAUUAGAGACAGUGAAGGGCUAGUUAUGGCGACUGGAACUUGGUUACUUCCCGGCAAUGAUAACAUAUUGGAAGCUGAAGCUUUUGCUAUGCUUACAGUGAUGAGAUUCACUCUAGAUUGUGGUUUUUCGUUCAGUGGUUUUCGAAGGAGACAACGAAAGACUGGUUCGCAUGAUAAAGGAAUGCUUAGUUAA